UGCAAUGGUGUGUUGCGAGGUCAGAGGGGGUCACCACACGCAGCACGUGACUGUUAUGACGAAUUAGUUCACGCAGAUAAUCGACCCUCGUUCACGGCUAACAUUUAGGCUACGUGCUGUCCACGUCUGACAGUCAUUCGACACACCACUUCUCCUGGCAUUACACCACAGGCAUUAGUCUACGGAAUCAGAUUCAUCAGCUGAAGAGCAACAGGUGUCACACAGUCAUGACCAAGCCGAUAACUAUACGGGAGACAACUUGUUUGCUGGCUGUGCUCUGCACGGUGAUGUCCCCUCUUCUGAUCCUCGGUUCACCGCCAAACAUCAUCUUCAUAGUCGGCGACGACCUGGGCUGGAACGAUGUGAGCUGGCACAACCCAGUGAUGAUCACACCCAACCUGGAGAAGUUCGCUAGGUCAGGGGUCAUCCUCAACUCCUCCUACGUCCAGUAUUACUGCUCACCGUCUCGCAACUCCUUCAUGACUGGUUACUUCCCCUACCAUACAGGACUUCAGCAUGACGUCAUCAGCGCGGGAGAACCUCGGUACGUACCCGCCAACUUCACCAUGCUACCCGAGGUGUUAAGGACAGCGGGGUACAAGACACACAUAGUGGGGAAGUGGCAUUUAGGGAUGUGCAACUGGAAGUAUACCCCGACAUACAGAGGCUUUGACAGUUACUUCGGCUACUACGAUGGAACCGAGGAUUAUUACACCCACAUGACCGGUGAUGGCUACGACCUUCGGAGCAAUACCUCUGUCGCCAAAGACCCCAGUGACACACAUUUUAACUACCUGUUCACUCAGAAGGCGAUUGAAGUGAUCGAAGGCCACGAUCCCAAUACACCUCUCUUCCUUUACCUGCCAUUCCACUUGGUUCACGACCCGUUACAGGUCCCAGAGAAAUACGAGAAUAUGUACAAGUCGAUAGAGACCGUGGACAGGAGAGUUUAUUGCGGCAUGGUGUCCAUGAUGGACGAGUCGUUUGGUAACAUCACGGCGGCUCUGGACCGUGCUGGACUGCUGGACAACGCGCUGCUCAUCUUCACCACUGACAAUGGAGGUCCAGUUAUUCACGCAGCCAACAACUGGCCAUUGCGGGGAGCCAAGACGACGUUUUGGGAAGGAGGUACCCGGGGUGUAGCCUUUGUCUGGAGCAAAAAUCUUGUUUCCAAAGCUGGGACUAUAACCAAUGAAAUGAUGCAUGCCGUAGACUGGUUUCCCACAAUACUGCAUUUAGCCGGCGCAGAAGCUCCUAGUGACAUCGAUGGUGUCAACCAGUGGGAGAUGCUCAGUCAGGGGGCCGCCAGCAACCGAUUUGAGUUCGUCUACAACAUCGACACCAUCAUGAACAGCACCGCUAUCAGGUACAAAGACUACAAGCUGAUGACUGGGUCUCCAGGGAACUACAACGACUGGUAUCCUUUGCCAAAAUUCACAGGAGAAGAAUCAGGGCAGUUCUUGUUUAGCAACAACAGUGAGCGGGAUUCACAGUGGGGGCCCCAACUUUUCAACAUUAGGAAUGACCCCGAGGAGCGUGUGAACCUGGCGGACUCGGAGCCCGAGAUGUUGCAGUUCAUGAUGGCCAGACUGCACAAGUGGAUGGUGAGUGGUGUGCCGCCUCAGAACGCACCGGUUGACCCGAAAAGUGACCCCAAGAACUGGGGUGGCGUCUGGACUCCAGGGUGGUGUUAGUGACUCUAGGUGUCUAAAGACAAUGAUGAUACAUGUAUAUAUGGUAGAUAAUGCAGUGCUACGAAGAUCUCACUUACUUAGUAGACUUUUGACACGUUUACUUUUGCGGAUAGAAAAGGCAAAGCUGUGUUUUAUGCCUUUUACCUCCACAGCAUUUGUGUUCCAUGAAUGUUUACUUUUUUCAUUCAGACAUUGUAUCUUUUUUAUGUUUAUAAAAGACUGUAAUAAUUUGUGUAAAGUGCUGUCUUGUAAUAACACACGGUCUGUACCUUGUAUGCCAACCGAUGUCAGUGAAUAAGUCUUUUGGCAUAGUUUCAGAAACAUGAAUUUUUCAGAAAAAAAUAUGACAUUUCAAAAUUUUAUAUUAUGAUUUGCACCUUUACAAAACAUCU